UGUGUAUUCUCUGCCAAAAGUAAUUUUAUAUUGUUUUCUGUUUUAAAUGAUAAAUAAUGAGUGAUUUAUGGAACAAAAGCUACAUAUGUCGCUGUUGCCAAGCUGAAGAUGGCUUCAGAAGCCUCGGCGAGCGGUAUGUUCACGAAGGAACGGAAGAAAUAUACGCAGAUAUGUUACGGGAUUGUUUGAAUAUUAUUAUGAAACCUCCAACUUUAUCCCAGUCAUCAUACAGCAUCUGUGAAGGCUGCGUAUGUAGGCUGCGGGAUGCAACCGUCUUUAAAAGGCAGGUUCUUGCUUGUGAGAACUCGCUGUUGGAAUACAGUAAUCAGGUUAAUGACGAAACAAAUGCAGAUGCUGAAAUAAAGUCUGAAGAUGGUAGCUGCUCCAAUGGUUACCGAGAGGAGUUGAUGCAUAGACCAAAUUAUGAUGGCAAGGAUGAAAAGAAUCUCACCUAUGAUGGGAACAGACCCACCUCGAUCGAUAUGGAAGACAUUGAUGAUCAGCCGCUGGCUAGUCUUCGCUCGUGCCGUCAAAAAAGUGAUGACGUCACACCACAAGUAGCCAGAACUUCCAAAGACCAGAAAACCAAGAAAUUCUCAUGUGAAAUAUGUCAAAAGAAAUUCACCUACAAUGGUUUCUUAGAGGUACACAUGAGACAACACACAGGGGAGAAAACAGUGCAAUGUAGAUUAUGUGACAGUAAAUAUACUAAUAACAAGGAAUUGAAUAGACAUAUAAGCGCAAACCAUUCCGAUGGAGAUAAAUUCCCAUGUACACAAUGUUCUGAGAGUUUUGAUAAAGCGAGACUGUUGAAAAAGCAUUUAACAAUACAUUUCGAGGAAAAGUUUUCAUGUAGCUACUGUGAUAAGGAGUUUCAAAGGAAAAAAGGAUUAAAGGAGCAUCUAAAAACUCACACAGGUGAGAAAAAAUACAGUUGUGAAGAAUGUGGUAAAUCUUUUGGACAUAAUCAAACGUUAAAAUCUCAUAUCUUAACGCACACUGGUGAAAAGCCUUAUGUGUGUGAUGUGUGCGGACGGAGAUUCCCUCAAAGAACUCAUUUAAAAAGACAUAUAUUUAUUAUACACACCGGGGUCAAACCUUAUAGCUGUAAUAUAUGUAAAAAACAGUUUUCCAGUAAAAGUUAUUUAUCUAUACAUGAAAGACAGCAUACUGGAGAACGGCCGUAUAGUUGUGAGGAAUGUAAUAAGACUUUCACAGCUUACACGACUUUAAAAGUCCAUAUGAGAGUACACACUGGGGACAAACCUUAUUCGUGUAGUUUCUGUAACCGCCAAUUCGCGCAAAUGGCAAGUUUUAAACUCCAUGAAAGAACUCAUACUGGUGAGCGACCGUUUGCUUGUAAAAUUUGUAAAAAACCGUUUUCUGAUAACGGCUAUUUAAAGAUACAUAUGAGGGUUCACACUGGUGAAAAACCCUAUAAUUGCGACAUAUGCAAACGCUCUUUCAGAGAAACUGGACAACUGAAGCGCCAUCUAAGAGUUCACAGUGGAAUAAAACCUUAUACCUGCAAAAUAUGUAACAAACAAAUUGGUAACUUAUCUAAACACAUGCGUAUACAUUCCGAGGCUAGGUAUAAUUGUAAUGUAUGUAAUAAACAGUUUUCUGUUAGCAAUUUGAAGUUGCAUAUGAGGAUUCAUAGUGAUAAGCCGUUUGCGUGUGAUUUAUGUAGCACUCAGUUUGCGCAAAGUAGCGGGUUAAAGAGACAUAGAUGUACACAAGGAGAUAAAGUUGAGUGAUUGAAAAAUAACUCUUUUUAACCCCAAGUGCAAAAAGAGGGUUGUUACCGCUAUCUGUGGCCCAUAGCCCUUAAACGGGUAAACCAAUUUUAAUGCGGUUUUGUUUUUAUUUAAAAACAAGUUUUCUAGUGCUGCGUUCUUUGAUAUAUUUUAUCAAAAUCGGUUAAUUCGUUUCAAUGAGUUGGGGUUUUUCAUGUUCUUUUGCAUAGCAAAUUAUUACAUACAUUAUAAUCAAUUACAAAUUGUAGCCUAUUUCCAGAGUUAUAAUGUGAAUGU